AAAAUUUUAAAAAGAAAAAAGAAAACAUGGGGCAAGACAGAGGUGGAAUGAGGAGGUUGUAUGUGUAGGAAAAGUCAACUGGAUGAGUUUUCUUGCUUUAAUUUUGACCCAAGACCUCCAUCACCCACCGUGGGCUGCGUAUCUACAAGCCCGCCUCUCGGGUUCCCAACUGUGUCAUCAUUGUAUAUCUUCUCGCCCUCUAUCUUGACCCCUUGGUUAUCCUUCCCAUAAUUUUCCAUUGUGAAGAAGGCUGUUGUACGGUAAUGAAAUCUUCCCCAUCCCUUUGAAACACCCUUGUUCCCUCCCCUCCCAGCCACUGAGUCACUCUUUCCCUUCAUAUCUCUUCUCGAAGACUUCCCGACACUGGACAUGAAGGAUGGUACUUGGCGCUUUCCCCUUUCUCGAUACUAUCCUCCACCUCAACAAGAACUUAAAAUCACAGCUUGGAAUUGCUCCUUGGAACCAGCAAAUGCACUGGAAAAUGCCGUUUUCUUUUUGUCUCGCCUGACCUUCUUCUCACUCACCCCCAAUCCCUUAGAAUCGGUCUUCUUUUUCUUUGCAUGACUGUCUCAGCUCAGCCUAAAUGCCCACAAAGCCCCAGUAAGGGCAACUUUAACAAAAUCCCCACUUUCUGUGUAUGUAAACCUUCAGUGAAUGUUAGAUAUUACUUGUUUUCAGAUUUGAUCAAAGUGCUAGACCUGCUCAGGACAGGUUUCCUUUGCUGUAAGUUCCCCCAGGGCAGAGACAUGUGUGUUUCAUUCAUUCACUCCAUACACCAUGAGGCUGCAGUAGACAUGUCCUGAGUGAAUGAUGCCUAUAGCAGUCAUCUCAUGCCUAGCUGGGAUUUUGUGUCCAUUUGGUAUGUGAGUUCCAUGACUUGGAACAGGUUAAACAUGGUGGAUAUAACAACCAACAAAACAAAAGUUCCUGCUCUCUUGGAGCUUACUUUCUAAUGGGAAAUAACAGUUUAAAAAUCAUUAAAUAGGGGCACCUCGGUGGCUCAGUCACUUGAGGGUCUGACCCUUGACUAUAGCUCAGGUCAUUAUCUCAUGGUUGUGGACUUGAGCCCCGAGUUGGGCUCCAUGCUGAGCGUGGAGCCUGCUUAAGAUUCUUUCUCUCUCUCCCUCUCUCUCUCUCUUUGCCUCUCCCUCUCCCUCUCCUACUCUCCCUCUGCCCCUCUCUCCUGCUUGUGCUCUCUCUUUCCCUCUAAAAACAAAUCAACCUAAAAAAUAAAUAAAAAUCAUUAAAUAGAUGUCUAGCUACCUAACACUGGAUCUAAAAAGUGUGUUGGAAAAAGUCCUAAAAUAACUGGAAGUUGUAUUCAUAUUUGUCCUAGGAGAGCUAAGGAACUGGAAAAGACAUUCAGUUAGAGAGAUGAGAACAUCUUUUAACAGCUUUCUUGAGAUAUAAUUUACAUACCACACAAUUUACUCACUUCAAGUGUUCGAUGCAAUGGCUUUCACUAUAUUCACAGAGUUGUGCAACUAUUGCCAUUAAAUAAUUUCAGGACACUCACCACACUAAAAAUAACCCACUCCUAUGAAGCAAUCACUCGCCAUUCUACCCCCUCCCAGCCCCUGGCAACCACCAAUCUACUUUCUGCCUGUAUGGAUUUGCCUACUCUGGACACUUCAUACAAAUGAAUCACACAAAAUAUAGUACUGCGUGGCAGCUUCUUUCACACAGCAUAACGUCUUCAAGGUUCACUCAUGUCAUAGCAUGUUAUCAGUACUUCCUUCCUUUUUACAGCCCCGUAAUAUUCCAUCAUAUGGACAUACCACAUUUUGUUUCUCUAUUCAUCAUUUGAAGGCCAUUUGUGUUGUUUCUACCUUUUGGCUUUAUGAAUAAUGCUGCUAUGAACAUUAGUGUACAUGUUUCUGUAUGAACGUAUGUUUCAUUUCUCUUGGGUAUAUCCCUAGGAGUGGGAUUGUACUUUCAUAUGGUAACCCUAUGGGUGACCACUCGAGGAACUGUCAAACUGGUUUCCAAAGUGGCUAUACCAAUUUUACAUUUCCAUCAGCAAUGGAAGAGGGCUCCGAUUCCCCCACAUCUUUGCCAACAUUUGUUAUUAACCAUCUUUUGAUUGCAGCCGUUCUAGCGGAUUAAAACAUUGUAGUUUUAAUCCACAUUUCCCUCAUGGCUAAUGACGUUGAGCAUCUUUUCACAUGAGGAGAAUACAGUUGACACUUGAACAUGGGCUGACCUCCCAUGCAGUUGAAAAUCCAUGUAUAACUUUUGAUUCCCCCAAAACUUAACUACUAAUAGCAUACUGUGGACUGGGAGUCUGAAUGAUAAUGUAAAGAGUCAAUGCACAUUUUGUAUGUUAUCUACUGUAUUCUUACAAUUAACUAAGCUAGAGAAAAGAACAUGCUAAUAAGAACAUUAUAAGGAAGAGAAAACAUAUGUGGAAAAACCCACAUAUAAGUGGACCUGCACAGUUUAACCCCAUGUCGUUCAAAGAGUUCAAGUGUAUUUACAUUACGUCCGUAAGGCAGCUACUGACCUGGUUCUCGGCACAGUGCCUGCAUGUCAGGUGCUCAAUCACAGUUGUUGAAUGAACACAUGCAUGAAUGAAACAAAGGAAAAUGCCUUGAAGGACAAUGAUUCCUUUAGCUAUGGUAGGCCUGGGAGAGGCAUGGCUGCCUGAGGAAGAAAAUAAGGCAAAUAUGAAGCUAUGUAUCUUGAUCCCUCCCACCCCAUCCUGCUGCCUUUAAACCAUGCUCCACUUGGAGUCUCCUUGCCCAGAGCCUGGGUCAGGGGACCUGUCACACAGCGCCAGAGAAGGAAAAGGGAACAGAGAAUAAAGAGGACAGUCAGCUCAGCUGCCAAGAUUUGUGAAGAGAAGACUUGCAAAAUUGCUUGAGCUCCCAUUUAACACAGCAAUCUGGUGGACAGAUCGUGGUGUUUCUACCACUGUGUAGGGGAUGCCGUCUGCCACGGGAGCAUCUGAAGAUGGAGGUGGAAAAGAAGCCUUGAAAGCACACUCUGAGCAGCAGCCGCUGAGCCAUGGCUGAAGGGGAAAUCACAACCUUCACGGCCCUGACGGAGAAGUUCAAUCUGCCUCCAGGGAAUUACAAGAAACCCAAACUCCUCUACUGUAGCAACGGGGGCCACUUCCUGAGGAUCCUUCCAGAUGGCACAGUGGAUGGGACGAGGGACAGGAGCGACCAGCACAUUCAGCUGCAGCUCAGUGCGGAAAGCGUGGGGGAGGUGUAUAUAAAGAGUACCGAGACUGGCCAGUACUUGGCCAUGGACACCGACGGGCUUUUGUACGGCUCACAGACACCAAAUGAGGAAUGCUUGUUCCUGGAAAGGCUGGAAGAAAACCAUUACAAUACCUACACAUCCAAGAAGCACGCAGAAAAGAAUUGGUUUGUGGGUCUCAAGAAGAAUGGAAGCUGCAAACGCGGUCCCCGGACUCACUAUGGCCAGAAGGCAAUUUUGUUUCUCCCCCUGCCAGUCUCCUCUGAUUAAAGAAAUCUCUCCUGGGUGCCGACCACUUCAGAGGAGGUCCUCACCCAGCUGACCCCAGGUUGUCCCCUUGACUAUUGGCUGCACUAACCCCUGGCCCACAGAGCCUGAAAUUGUAAGCAGUGCGCUUCCAAAUGCCCAGUUCACUUUUUUGCAGAGCCUUUUACCCCAGCACAGUUUUGAACAGAGGGAUCAAAUAGCUCCUAGGGGCCAACUGGCUGGCCAGUCUGGGUGUGUGGAUGCCCAGUUGCCUCUGGGCACCUGCUGCAGGCUGAGCCUCUCAAUGCAAAGGCGGGGCCAAAUGAAGUGUGUUCAGGGAGCUGCCAGGGUCAUUAGUAACCGCAUACAAUUCCCUCUACUGAGAAAAUCCUGUCUGUGAUUCCCCGAAACACUUGGCAUGAUGCCCUUUCGUCCUUUCAACACCCCACAAAUAUUAGCAGGGAAGCUUAUGGCUAGGUUAGGGGAAGGCAGUGUUCCAUGAGUAGAAACUAGGAUGAAGAAAAUCUCCCCUUGAGAACAGAAGGGAUUAAAAUGGCAAGGGGAGACUGGGUUCUGGUGGGCUCUCAGUGUAGAAUAAAUGAAGGAUGGUAGCUUCAGCCCACAGGAAAGCAGAAUAAAUGCAUAGCAUUGGGAGUCAUUACAAUGCCGUGACUUUCCAAGAUAAUUCGGCAGCAGGAAGCCCCUGGAUGAUGUCAGAUGGACAGCAUGAGAAGUGGGUUCUUGAUAAAAGCAAAAACAUCAGAUAUUGGUAAAUUCAUUUGGGUCUGGGGUGUGGGAGUGCUGAGAAAGAAAGGCAACGUGGGCUGAGGGGAUGAUUUCCUCUAAAGAGGUUGAUUCCAGAAGUGAGAAGGAAAGAUGGAGGGACACCAUGACUGUGCCUGGUCCCCAGAAAGCAGAGGCUUUGGGGUCCCAGGCAAUGCUUACAAAUCACAUGCAGAUCGUGUUUGAGUGUAGGUUCUGAUUCAGUGGUUCUGGGGUGCAGUCUGCGCAUUUCUAACAAGCCCCCAGGUGCUACAGAUGCUGCUGUUUCCUCUUGCACCCCCCCCCCCACUUAAAGUAGCAGAGUCCUGAAGCAUGCUGUCCAAAGGAAGGGGGCCCAAGGCCCCCGAGCCUCUCUUGCCUUGCCCAUAAAAAACGCAUACCCCACGAGUCUUCCUGAACACUCAGGCAGCAUCAGGAGCAGUUAGGCCCGUGCUAAGGAACAUGGAUUUAAGGCGCUUUGGCCCAGUGCCUAUAAAAUACCCAUUUAGAAUAUAUACAAAAGCAUACUUCAAAAAUGUUAAACCCUCACAAACAGCUUUUCUCAAGAGACCAUUUGUGUUACGAUUACUUGUAUAAAUAUGCUUCCUGCUUAGAGUAAACUUGACCCAAGUGGCUAGCAAAUUAGAAACAACAUUCAUCUCUGACAUAUGAUACUGUUGCCAUGUAAAGGUCUUUAAUAGGCCAUUUAAAUUUACUGUGAGACUGUAUGUUUUAAUCACAUUUAUAAAUAUGUAGCUCAAACGCAGUUAACUGAUUAGCAUUCAGCCACUGAGAAUGAUAAUCAUAGGACAUGAUGUAUAAGCUCCUCAAUUAUCUACUACUUGUACUACAUUUACCUAUAAAAAGAGAUUGUACUUUGUUUUCAAUUGUGGUAUUACAAGUUUUCCUUUGAAAACAGGGACGCUUAAGCAACAAGAGGGUAACUGUGGAUACAAACUGAUGAGAAUAUUAGCUCAUGUUCUAAGGAAUUGACAUUAUUAACGGAAAAAAUAACUCCUUAUAAUUGCAUUGUCAUAUUUAUGAUGAAAAAAAAAAGAUGGUUUGUGAAGGUUCAAAGCAAUAUAGUGCAAUUGAGGAACCAAACUAAGUUAAUGCUGCGAUUAAUAAUAUCAUUCUGCAUUUGUACAGAAAAAUGACUUCAGAACUUUGUUUUUGUAACUUGGAUAAGACCAUUCUAUUUUAUUUUAGUAAAUCCUUCCAGGCAAGCUGGACAUAGUGCAGUGUGGUUUAACAUUUCUUUACUAUGAAGAUUUGGCCAGAAAAGGGUAUGCAGAGAGGAAAUCUAAGAUAUAUAAUGGUCCAUAAUUUUUAGGGUAUGAAUCAAAUUCAAAUAUAACAUUGGCCAAGAAAAAUUAAAUGUUGCUAACAGAUGAGAUGGAAGCUUGUGGUUUCAAAGACCCAAAGCAGUUAGAAGAAACACUAUCAUGGCCUUGCCAGCCUCCACCCGGUCAUCAUUCAUAUAUUCAUUCACUGAAUAUUUUUUUCAGUGCCUACUGUGUGUCAGGCACUGUACUGGGUACCGGGGCACCUGGAAACGAUGUCUGUCUGGUUUUCUGCUGUAUUCUCUCCCAGGGCAUUAUAUUUAUGAUGAAAGAUGCUGUGGAUUCAUUUAUUUCAGCCAAGUUAAAAACAGAGACUUUGUAGGUUGCUGCUGAAUAAACAGCAAGUCCCAGAAACCCAGGUUCUGGAAGAAUUCACAAUACCCAGUAUAAGAUAACCCCCAUCAAAGUAUCCAAGGACCUGGCCAGGUAAACCUAAUAUUUCCAACUGUAGAACCAUGACAGCUUUAGGAGGACCGGUUUCAGGUUGGGAAAAGAGCCUGUCAGAUCUUGUAAGAAGGAAGUAGGUGGCAGUUCCCUGCUCCAUUCGAGUUCCUUACACACGGAGUGUUCCUGUUGCCCUCUCUCUCUUUUCCUUGAGUAAGUGAGGUAGCCAUCUGCUUGUCACACGUCUCUCAUGUGGAUUCAUUUUCAGGCCAACUGUUAAGAACUGCCUGAUAUUCUCUACAAAGCAUCAGGAGCAUUUACGCUUUUGAUUGUUUGCAAGAUGGCGGUGGAGGUGGCAGUGAUCUGUUUCCUUGGAAGGGAUAGUUAGAGCCUCCCCCAGCCAACAGUGUGUGCUUACCAAAAACGGACUACUGCAUCAUACGUUACUAAAGAUGGAGGUCCUCGCUUUGUGUCAGAGGCAAUGGAGCCCAGCUCCCCAGCCUUGUUAGAAUAGACUGCCUAAACGAACUGAGCCCAUGGGCUGCGAAGCAGACCUCUGAUGAAGAAGACACCUGUCAUUUUACAUCACUGUCUCUUUAAUUUUGGCACCCUACAAGUAUUAAUAAACGUUCCACUAAAAGGCGAUAA